GCACCGCAUUGCCUGCGAGAGAGGAGGCGCCGGAUAGUGCGCAUGUUCGAGAGUAAACACGGCGCACGUGGUAAACCUGGAGUCGUCAUUUCAGUACUGGACAGCUCUCUCCGCGUGCGCUUCUGUGGCAUGUGGUAAAGCGACCAUCCGUCACAGCUGGUGGGGAGGCACGAGCAGAGAGCAAUGCACGGCAGACUCCCCACGGCAUCCUCCGCACGACUGCUGCUAACGCCGAGCCUCGAGAGAUGAGCAUACCGGAGUUCCUACUGGAACUGUCCAUCGUGGUCAUAGCUGUUGUCUCGUUGCUGACGAACAUGUCGGUGCUGCUGUGUUUCACCCAGAGCGCCGAGCUAAGAUCCCACGUGCCAGGCAUCUUCAUCCUAAACCUCUCCUUCUCCAACAUCCUCCUCACUGUCAUCAACAUGCCCGCCACUUUUCUCGGAGUGGCCAAAGGGGCAAAGCCCCUCGGGGACUUGUUCUGCCAAGCUGUGAGUUUCGCCGAGACUUUUCUCACCGCCAACGCGAUGCUGAGCAUGGCCGCGCUGAGCAUGGACAGGUGGGUCGCCGUGGUGUUUCCCCUCAGGUACUCCAGCAAGAUGCGCUACAGGGACGCGUGUCUGAUCGUGGCGUACUCCUGGCUGCACUCGCUCUCCUUCUCUCUGACCCAGCUGCUCAUGGCCUGGGGAGGCUACAGCCACACGUACGCCUCGUGCACCGUCCACCUGGACGGGGGGAAGAGGUCGCAGCUGGCCGCCUAUGCGAGCUUCACGGCGCUGUUCCACUGCGGCAGCUUCGCGCUCUGCCUCCUGGUGCUGUGCUUCGCCUACCUGAAGGUCCUGAGGGUGGCCAGGUCCCACUGCAAGAUGAUAGACGUCAUUACAGUGCACACUCUGAUUCUGUUGGUUGACAUUCACCCCAGUGUGAAGGAGAGGUGUCUAGCUGAGCAGAAGAAGAGGAGGCAGCGCGCCGCUAAAAAGAUUAGCAUCUUCAUCGGCACCUUCAUCCUCUGCUUUUCCCCCUAUGUUAUUACAAGGUUGGUGGAGUUGUUGCCCUCUGUGCACAUCCCCCGGUACUGGGGCAUGACAGCCAAAUGUCUGUCCUACGCCAAGACAUCCAGCGACCCGUUUGUGUACUGUCUGCUGCGGCAGCAGUACAGGAAGGUCCUAGUUAGUAUCAUCAGUCGGGUCCUGAGACAGAAUCCCUAUGCGCUGUCUAUCCACAGUGCCAGCAGCACGCUGGACACCACAGACGACAACUGCAUUGCCAGAAUCACCUGAGCUCGAGGUGCAAACAUUUAAAUGAUCCAACAUCUGCAUCCUUCCCGCAGGAAGGUCAGAGGUCAGGGUUUCUGAAGAAGCAGCAGCCCUGCAGAUGGAACCGGAACGGAGUCAGUGCCUUGCUCAAGGACACUUUGACACAGAGGUGGACCACAGUGUUACGGACACGAAACAAAUGUGUGCUCAGUGAGACGCAUGCUGAUGUGCGCCAAAGGCUUCCUCAGCCUCCACAGACUGCUGUUUCCACAGUGCUUGUCAGUUUGCCUGCUGAGGCAUUGCCAAAAACACACCACAUGAAACCUACGUCAUUAUAUCAUUUCAUUUAUUAUGUUUGAUACUUUCAUCAAUGUACAAUGUGUGGUUUGAAGAAACCUGGAUUUGUUCGAAAGUGGUCUUCAUGUUUCAGUGAAAGAACUGGAAGUAUGUUCAUUCUGAUUACUGUUUUGAAGCUAAUAUCAAAGUUUAUAAGUGUUAAUUAGUGAUAUUUCUAACAUGUCGAGUGCACAAAUGUGUGGAGAUGUUAUAUCUCUUAACUCCGCUGCCACAGACACACUAUAGUCCACUGUGCAUAAAAGUGAAAAAACAAUAGAUUCUGGUCAAAUUGUGAUACUGUAAGUAAUUUAAAUUAUUGUUAUGUCGUACAUGUAGCAGUUGCUCCCAACAUUUUUGCCUUGUGAUUCUUAAUCACAUGAGCUGUGAGUAAUUCAGACAGUGGGUGAGUCAUCUGAAGGACUAGUAGUGCAGUGCCCUUGUAGAACAUGCCUGUGUGGAACAGGCCGACUGCUGUGCUAUUGCUGCGUGCAGCUUUCUGGAGAACUCAUCUAAACAACUUCCCACUCGACGCUGCGCUUCCUUGAGUCCUGAGCAAUACACCUGAAAUAGUUGGUCACAUACCCAAGUCACUCAUGGUCAGAAACACUGGUGCAAUACACUCUGUUUCAUGGGGAAAAAAAACACCAAGAGCAGACUGUACCAUUAGGCAAGACAGGCAACUGCCUGGGGAGCGAGGUAAAAGGGCCCCAAACGAAUAUAGAUUUAUUAGUUUAGAUAUGAAAAAUAUUGAAUAUAUCACUAUUCUAAAUCCGCCCUGAAAAACCCACCAAGCGGUGGCUACCUUCGGUCAACCACACUUAGUGGAGGAAGGCUAUUCAUUGCUAAAUAUCAGUCGCUUGCUUUGACUUAAACCACCGGUAAUGUUAUUAGUAGGGCUGUCUCAAAUAGUGGAACAGUCUGUGACCACUCAGUCUACUGAGAGUCGUUUUUUGUUGUUGUUGUCAGUCAGCGAACUGCUACUUCUGGAGAUAUUAUGGUUGGGGUACAGGUCGUUCUCGGUAUUAAAGCUAUUGUUGCCGGGCAACUGCACGUUUUCCCUGAGUGGCUUAGCUGCCCCUCUGGUGAAAGAGCCUAAAAAAACUUUUCUUUCCUUUUUUUUUUUUUCAUAUUUCUUUGCUGUGGUGGCUGCAUUAUUACGAUAAUAUGCCAGUCAUUACUAAAGUUGCCUUCAUGACAAAGACGACUGAAGAAGAGAGUGAAAGAGCUCAAAGAAGCCGCUAAAAGAUCUGCAACUUUGCAUUUGAUGAUGUCAAGCAACCAUCCUACAUCAUUCAUUUAAUGUAAAGUUGGCCUAUUUUAUCAGAAGCAUUUUCUUUAAGUUGGAGUAGGGUAAUAACUCAUUAAAACAUACAUUUAAUCUAAA